UGGAGGGGACGGGGGUGGGCAGGUGAGACCCCGCGGGACGCAGGUGAGACCCCUGAGGCACCUCCGCUGCCCCUGGAGCCCUGCGGGCAGGGGGGAGGUGGCACGGGACAGAUCCGGACGCGGCUCCACAUUAAGGUCCCGUCCGGGUGCGGGACCCCGGCUGCCCCCCCCGGGCACCCCCUCCCCGUUUCUUUUUCCUUCCUCGGGCUUUUUUGGGCCCCCCCAAGAAGCGGGGAGGGGCGGCUGAGGCCGGGGAUAAAUCAUUCCCGCUCCUCCGUGCCCGGUGAUGGCUCCGUCCGGGAACGGGGAGGCUCCUCCCAGGCGGAGACAAUGAUGUUAAAAAAGAAAAGAAAAGGGAAAAAAAAAAAUAAAGCAAAACAAAACAAAACAAAACAAAAAAAACAGCGCAACAAGCCAAAAAUACUCCUCUGGAUAAGGAAAUUCCUGCCCAUCGGGUUUGUCCUCGAGGGGUGGAUAAAUAGCCGGGAACCAGGCGCAGCUGGGGCAGGGAGUGGGUGGGGGGUCGCGGGCAGGGUGGGGGCUUCAUCCACUCGCGGGGAGGCCUCGAGGGCGCCGAGAUCAGCGCGGGUUUCGGCUCCGCUCUGCUUUGUCCCAGCAUGGCUUUCAGCCAGCUGAAAUUCAAGGAGCUGGGCGAGGAGGAGCCCACCUGGGAGCAGGAGAACCUGGAGAGCCUGAAGGCGCUGGCGGCCAAGCUGAAGCUGCAGACGCGCAGACCCUCGUACCUGGAGUGGGAGGCGCGGGUGAGGGGGCAGCGCUGGGGCACCCCCGGGGGCACCCCCGGGGCACAGCAGAGCCCCCCGCAGCCCCGGCAGCAGCAGCGUGGUGGCCUUUGUGGCUUUGCCACCCUGGAGGCGGCUCUGGAGUGGCUCAGGACGGAGCUGCGGGAGAUGCAGGCCCUGGACCAGCGGCUGGCGCAGCAGCUGAUGCGGCUGCGGGCGCGGCUGCACCGGCUGAAGGUGGAGCAGGCCUGCCACCAGCACAAGGAGAUGCUGGACGACGCCACCUUCGGCCUCGAGGGCUGCGAGGAAGACUCGGAUCUGCUGUGCACCAUCCCCCCCAAGGCCGCCUUCCUGCUCUCCACGCCGCUCAAGCACAUCGGCGUCACCCGCAUGAACAUCAACUCCCGCCGCUUCUCGCUCUGCUGAGCCCGCCCGGCGGCGCCGCCGUCCCUCGGGACUCGGGGCAGGUCGUGCUGCCGCCAGGGCGGUGACACGCUGAGGUGGCACGGGAAUGUCACCAUCCCCGUGGACAGGGGACUGUCACCAUCCCCAUAGGUGUCACCAUCCCACCGGGGCACGGGAAUGUCACCAUCCCCAUGGGCACAGGAAUGUCACCAUCACCUCCUUGGCAUGGCAAUGUCACCAUCACCACGGGCACGGGAAUGUCACCAUUAGCCCGCGUCAGGAGAGUGUCACCAUCCCCCCAUGGGCACAGGAGUGUCACCACCUCCAGGGCGUGGGAAUGUCACCAUCCCCAUGGCUGUCACCAUCCCCCCGGGUCACGGGAAUGUCACCAUCCCGGACUGUCACCAUCCCCAUGGACAGGGGACUGUCACCAUCCCCAUGGGCACCGAGAGUGUCACCAUCCCUUCUGGGCACGGGAAUGUCACCAUGUCACCAUGCCCAUGGGCACGGGAGUGUCACCAUCCCCCCAGGGCGUUUUGGGGCCUGGCCCUGGGGGUGUUGGGGUUCAGCCGGGUGGGAAAUGUGGGGUGCAGCCCUCUGAGGUGGAAUAAAAGGGGGUGAGGCUGAGA